UAAUUUUAAUUUAAUAAAAUGUUAUAAUUAAAAAAUAAAAGUUAAUGCAUAAAUAUAUUUUAUAAAGUUUCUUUUAUGGCUAAUAAAACAAUGAUCUAAAGAGAAAAAAGAAUAUAAAUUUCUUUAACCUUUAAUUAGAAACAUUAUGUUACAUAAAUGAGUUCAAAAUUAUCGGACCAUUUAGCAAAAACAAGGAUUCCACCACCAAAUUAAUGAAAUAAAGUUAGGCAAAAAUUAAUUUUAAAAAAAAUUCCAUAAAGAGCUACUACUAUGGACAAUGACAAUCUUUUAGAUAAUAAUAAUAACGACGAUACAAUUUUAGUCAAUCCCGAACAUUCUAACGUCACCACGAAUCUUUCAAAAGUUCCGAAAUCUCCUCCCAUUCAUUCGGCAUUGUAUCAGGAGUGCGCGGGGUGCAAAAAAUGCAUCCAAGACAAAUAUUUGCUCAAAGCCGAAAACAAAUUCUGGCACGAGGAUUGCUUAAAAUGUUCUUGCUGCGAAUGUAGAUUGGGAGAAGUUGGUUCCUCCUUUUUUCUCAAAGCUAACCUCUUCUUGUGCAAAAGGGAUUAUCUAAGGUUAUUUGGAAAUACCGGUUAUUGUACGGCUUGUGAAAAGGUAAUUCCAGCUUUUGAAAUGGUCAUGAAAGCUAAAUCCAACGUAUACCAUCUCGAAUGCUUCGCUUGCCAAGAAUGUAAUCAUAGAUUUUGCGUAGGCGACAAAUUUUACCUUUGGCAAAAUAAGAUCCUUUGUGAAAAGGAUUAUCGCUCCGUUUGCUUAUUUCAAAAUUUUCAUCAAAAUCCAGCCUUCACAAACAAUACCAAUCAACAGUCUUCCCCUUCUUCAAUGAAUAAUUACGAAGAAAAUAACUCGCAGCUCUCUCUGUUAAGCCGUAAAAAUUCUAACAAUAACAACAUUUUCCUCCAUCAAAAUACCAAAAUAUCGCAUAAUCUAACAUCACCCAAUUCCAAUCACGUUUCAAAUGAUGGAAAUUUUAACGAACUCGAUGACUACACGCAACAGGAAAUAAAUGGCAAUUGUGAUUCCUACAAAACCCGUUCCCAACAAAUCAAUUCUAGUCUUGACAAUCCCGCCAAACAUUAUUUAGACCGACAUUCGUUCGAUUCGACACUUUCCGACUUUUUACCUCUUCACCAUCGCAAUGGGGACAAUUAUUACGAAAACCUGAACCUGAUGCACCAAAUGACCGGAGGUGCCAAUAAUGAGAUAGAAAACGCUUCCAUAUGAAAUUACUACAAAAAACUUAUAUACGUUAUAUAUAAAUCUCAGAUAAAUUGCCAAGAAAAUAAAAAUUUAGUAUAUAUAUAUAUAUAUAUAAACAGCAUAUAUCCAUAUUAUAUUAUACACAUCACAUACCAUUUAUUUAUAAAUGUGUAAUUAAUAGAUUCAUUAUGUAUAAAAAUACAAC